CAGUCCUGCGACUCUCAUUGGCUGGCACUUUGUACAAAAUCCAGAAAAGCACUUCACUCACAACACACACCAACAAAUCCUAAAGGCGUUCAUGCAGCCUCCUCCUCCAUCACUGCGCCGCUGUAGCACCGCUUCUCCACCCGAUGUAACCGCUCAGCGUUUAACUUUUCUCCGCACUGUUGCUCUGAAUCUGAAGACGGCUGCUCCUUUUUUCUGCUCCUCUCCUGCUUUUGGCUGCUUUUGUGCUUUUUCAUGCGCCAGGACGUCGUUUUUCUGUGCUGACUUGAAUAUUUCUCCUGGAGGAAACCGUACAAACAAAGAACUUUACAGCCGUCGAUAAGGGUGCUUCUUCAUCGAUGUCUUCCGCUCUUGUCGUUAUGGAACAGGUUCCUGGUGUAACACGGACCACACGGCCUGAAGAGGAAACCAAGUACGCAUCGGGAGCUCCAUCAAUUUUCAAGAUUUUCUCCAACUUCAGCCCUCAGACAAACAUUAGCAUGAUGUCGUAUUUAAAGCAACCACCUUACACAGUCAAUGGGCUCAGCUUAACUACUUCCGGAAUGGAUCUUUUGCAUCCAUCAGUGGGCUAUCCAGCAACGCCACGGAAGCAGAGGCGAGAGAGGACUACUUUUACGCGCGCACAGCUUGACGUUUUGGAGGCUUUGUUCGCAAAAACUCGAUAUCCGGACAUAUUCAUGCGCGAGGAGGUGGCCCUGAAAAUCAAUCUACCUGAAUCUCGAGUACAGGUCUGGUUUAAGAACCGGCGGGCAAAGUGUCGCCAGCAGCAGCAGCAGCAGCAGAACGGGGGCCAGAACAAGGUCCGACCUGCCAAAAAGAAAAGUUCUCCGACCAGAGAAGUGAGCUCGGAGAGCGGCGCCAGCGGCCAGUUCACGCCCCCCACCAGCACCACCACCGUCCCUGCCAUCUCCACUAGCACCGCCCCGGUGUCCAUAUGGAGCCCGGCGUCCAUCUCUCCUCUUGCAGACCCCCUGUCUACCUCCUCCUCGUGCAUGCAGAGGUCCUACCCCAUGACUUACACGCAGGCCUCGAGCUACAGUCAGGGCUACGCCGGCUCGACGUCUUACUUCGGCGGCAUGGACUGCGGCUCUUACCUCACUCCCAUGCACCACCAGCUGUCGGGGCCUGGAUCGACCCUCAGUCCGAUGAGCACGAACGCGGUCACGAGCCACCUGAACCAGUCCCCGGCGUCCCUCUCCGGCCAGGGCUACGGGACGUCCGGCAUAGGCUUCAACUCCACGGCAGACUGCUUGGAUUAUAAGGACCAGGCGGCGUCCUGGAAGCUGAACUUCAAUGCCGAUUGCUUGGAUUAUAAGGAUCAAACAUCCUCGUGGAAAUUCCAGGUCCUGUGAACAAAGCAAUCAGGUGUUAUUAAAAAAAACAAAGUGCACAAAACAGUGACGAUCACCCCACAAUAAAACACACAGGACUGGGUUACACGAGGCAGGGCUCUCUGAGGCCUCGAGAUGGUCUUUGGUCCUCCUAAGAGGAGAGGUUUAAUUUAUUUUAGCACUGGCAAAGAGAUUUUCCCCCUGUCACAAGUUGUAGCCCCUCAUCCAUGUCUGUCUGUGUGCCUCUGUGCGUAAAACACCUGUUGAAGACAAAGUUACACCACAGCCACGGAACUAAUGUUUAUCCAAGAACAAACUCAGUUCAUUCUCCUUCUCGGGAUGAACAAACUUUUCACACAACUUUGCCCAAACUUCAGGCAGAGACAUAAGGAUGCUGUGUGGACAUGGAUGCACUACUUUAUUUAAGAAAAAAAAUGUUUAUAAGGAAUCAAUAUGUAGUUUCUAAGAGACAAUCAGUGUGUGUCUUAUAUAAAUGGUACAUAUGUGUUUUUUUUUUUUUUUAUCUGUGCUAGCCUUCGAAACUGUGAUCUGUUGUAACGUAUGCAAUUUGUGAGCCCCCCUCGCAUCAGACUCUCUGCUGUGAUUUUAAUAGAUUUCUAACUUCUUUUUUUUUUCUGAACAACGAAGAGAUGCUGACGGUUCAGUUCCCUGCAUCACAAAGAGAGAUGAGACUUUCCGAACACAUGGUAGUAAUAAGUAAGGGUUAGAACCCCACUGGAAGUGACUUUCGGGCCGCUGAGAGCUCCACACCUUUGCUCCCCCUCCAUUGAUCUCAGCACACGGUGAUUGUGGAUCCUUCACUGGCUCCAAAGAUGGUGUGACCUCACCGCUGAAAUGACAUGAAUAAAGGUCCUGUGAGCUUAACUUUGUCAUCAUGAGACGAUCUGUGUGUGUGUGUGUGUGUGUGUGUGUGUGUGUGUGUGGUGUGAAGAGGGGGAUAAUGAAGUUAAACCUUUGACAGGCAAUGUGUAGAAAAUAAUAUGGGAUUUUUUUUAGCUUUCAUUAAAAAAAAAUGUCCAUGCACAGAAUCCUAUUAAAAAUAAAUUAUUAGAGACAAAAAUCAAACAAAGCACAAUUGACCUAAAUAAUGGUGAUUACAAUUUUUGAUAAUGACUUUCAUCUUUAUGUUACAGUUUCCUGAUUCAAAAAAACAGUCAUUUUUACCGAAGAAUCGAAAAUUAAAAAUGUAGGUUUAUGUUAAUUUGGUAUUUUUACAACUGUGACGUCAGCAGUAUUGUAAGUGUAUUAAUAGUAAUCCUCAUAUUGACGCACAAACAUCAACUUGUGACAAAAGCCUACAUUAAAACAGGAAUAUUAAGCAAAUCACUCGUAUGUUUUGCAGUGUGACUAAUAACUGAUUUAAGAGCCAUCCAGUGUUCAUAAUAAAGCAGAAAAUAUCCCAACAAAUCUGUUCAUGGACUGUGAACGGUAUGAUACAGAAUCCGCAGUAAAUCAAUGAAUAUGGGGUCAUAGUUUAUCCUGGUUCCUCUCAGGUGGUGGAAUUGAAAUUGAAAUGAUUUUUUUUCUAAGUUUCCGGUUGCUCAGUUCACAUUUUCUCAACAAAGAGAGUGUUCGCUUUGUGAGAGCACUUUUAAAUCCAGGCCUCCAAGAGAUGUUAAUCCCAAUAUUUGACCGCCGGGGUUUUCUAUGGGGCAGCAGUGGUCUCUUUCAAAGCCCACACCGCGUGGGUUUAUCCCCAAAUGUGCGCAAUAAUACAAAGCCUAACAUAUCAUCUAAGAAAAAAACAAGAACACGUUGAUGUUUCUUUUUUUUUUUAUAUAGGCCUAUACCAAUUGACAAGGUGCGUUAAAUUGUGUUCAUUACAUUAAGUUAUGUGGGCCGUAAAUGCACCGGUGGCUUUUAAUAUGAGCAAUAAGCCUAUUGGAGGAAAAAUACAACCCAAUGUUUACUGCUGAUCAUCGUUUUGCUGAUUAUAUGUUUUCAAAUAAGUGAUCAUUUCUGUAAAUAAAAAAUGAGGUUCGUGGAUUAUAAAUAAACUUGCAGAAAGCCGGUUCUAAAACCUAUAAAUCCUUGCGCUGUAUUUUUGAACCUUACCCCAAUAAAACGCACGAUAAAAAAAAAAAA